AACGAUUCUCAAAAUGCUCUCAAAAUAAACUUAAGGUUAGCUUAAAAAUUUCAGACAUGGCUACAUUCAUUGUUUCUUUUAUUUCGUCACCAAGGAAGAAUGCCGUGCACUUGAUUACUUCUAUAUUACACACUAACUGGUUUUGCCAUUUCUUUUGCAUUAAUUAUCAUCAAUGCAACUAUCAUUUCGUCCUACUCUUAGCUGUAUUAUUAUAGCACCGUUUCUCAUUUUGAUAGGUUUGACACUGUCUUUUUUAACCAUUAUCACCGGUACAUUUUCAAUGUCAAUGAUCGUGUUUCAUAUCAUCCUACUAUCAAUAGAAGUUGCAUAUGGCUUAGCCACGGUCUUUGUAGAAUGUUUUGGUUUGAUACCAUGCUUCAUUAUUCAUGGAAGGGUAUCUCAAAGCAGCCUUUACACAAGCAAAUUGAAGUCAUAUUGUCAGCAAUGCUAUAUGUAUCAUGGUUGUCCAUCGGAGGAAAGCAUAUUAGUAAACGAAAGAUAUGUUAAAGAAACCUUCAAAAGGCCACUCAGCACGAGAAGCCUAUCGACUUUGUUGUCAAAGACAAUUCAUAAGACGAUGACGAAUCAAAGAUGCAAUAUCGAGGUUCCAAUGAUACCUGAUAAGGAAUCCAGACAUAAUCAAGCAGCACACUAGGCGUUGUAUCACUUGUUUUGAGUCAUGCCCUCCAAAAAGGAUUACUAGCAUCUGACAUAUGUUUAUACUAACCUUUAUAUUACGGUAUAUUGCUAAACAAGCUUAAACUAAAUAAGCAGCUACCGUAUGUUUUAUU